GAUUUCCAGCGUUGCCAUAUUUUGUGAAUGUGGACAGAAGCACAACUGUUUAUAAUGGUUAUAUUAGAUUAGUGUUUGUUAGAGAAUAUUGUUAAUUAAUUGCUAAGAACCAUGGCUUCCUUAGUUGCGGAUUAUGGAACAUCCUCGAGUUCAGAAAGUAGUGGCGAUGAUAUUUCAGACGGUGCCGAUAACACUUUUAAGGAAGAGGAAGAAGAGGAUGACGAAGAAGAAGAACAUAAUGAAAAUAAUGAAAUAUGUAAAACAGCUUCCAAAGAGAAACUUCCAUUACCAACUCCAGACUUUAAUGGUAUACCCACGAUGAAAACUUCGGUCUUCUCAAAUCCAUUUGUUGAAGCAGAAAAAGCAAAGAGUGCAAUUCUUGAGAAACACGUGAAAAUGACGCCGACUCUCGAUGAUACAAAAAUGAUAAAUGGCAGAAAGAUUUGUUGGAACUAUAGGAAAGGUAGAUGCCGAUUUGGUCAUAAUUGUACCUUUGCACACGAUUCAGAUUUACAUCGUACAGCAGCUGAGUUAGAAGCAAUUAGAACACCACAGGAAACAGUUAUUUGUCAGACUCAGUAUAACGGCCAAGUUCCCAUCAAUGACGACGAUGAGAUAGAUCAAGAAAAUAAUCAAACGAAUAGACGCAAGAAAAGGCCAGGAUUAAGUCAAUCUUUAGUACCAAGCAAAAAAGUCUUAAAAAUGUACAAAGCACAACAAGCUAAAGCUAUUAGUAGAUAAAUGUAACUGUGUCAAGCAUACGAACGAUGUUAACAUUUAAUUAGAUGCUCUGAAAUGGGAGUAACUUAUGAUUCAUAUGCUUUAUAACUCAAAUGAAUUUAUACAAGCGAAAUUGAUUAUAAAUUGUAUAAAAAAUGAUAAUCAAAAAACAUGAAAUGGUUUAUAAGCGAAAAACAGUAUAAAAGAUUAAUAAUUUCUUUACAUAUGAACAAAGGAAAAAAAAUAAAACAAAUAUAUGCUUCCAGUAAAAUUUUACAAAAAAGAUACGACACAUGCAGAUAAUGCCUAUUUCUAAAUGAAUUGAAAGUUUCAGGAUGAUUUAAAUACUACUUAAUAUUUAUAAAAAGAAGUGUUUGUUAUGUAUAUAAAGAAUAUAGAGUUUAAUUGUAUAAUUAAUACUUCCAGGGACCUGUAUAAGUGGAUCAUAAUUCAUUGUCUUGCAUGCGAAUAGUUUUAUAAAUAUAUUUCUAUUUAUACUUGGUAUUCUUAACUUGCCCAUGAAAAAAUGAUGAAACAUGUCUUCUUACUACUUACAUUUUGUUAUGUAAUUUAAUUACCUAUAUGUCUCUCUUUCAUUAGAAAGAGGCAGCUAUUUGAAAGUUUUCCUGUAUCAGAAUUCUGAAAUAUUUACAAGUAACUAUAAAUAGUUAUUCUACCUAGAUCGGGAUUAGAUAGAUACAAAAUAUCACUGCAGCUUUACUAAAAAUUUUUUAGAUCCUGUUUAAUGUACAGAGCAAAAAUUAUCUAUAUGAAAGCGAUGUAUGUAAAGAAAGGAUUACGCGAGUUGUGUACAAUAUUGUUAAUACUUUUUCUUGAUAAACUAUUUAAUCUAGUAUCUACCUUAGAUACUAAUAACACAAUAUUAUAAUAAUGGUAUACCAAAAAAAGAAAAAAACUAUAAUUACGCUUCCAUUAUGCAUUACUUUUUAUAUAAUGUUAUAAGAUGUAAAAUAAGGCUUUAUAAUUCUACAUGGAACAAUGAAACGUUAAAUAUUUGGUUUCAUUAAUGUAACGUCACGUAGCUCCCUUUUCACAUGAUUUAUCUGUGUCAGUAUUUUUACUAAUUUUUUUACUGUGUAUUAUAACACACUGUGUGUGUAUACUGUUUACUUCCUAUAUACAUAAUUCGUAUUUCAUUAGACUUCAGCAAUAUAUUAAAUACGAAAAAAAUUAAUUUAUUAAACCAGAAAAUGAAUGUGAAGUCCGAAAAUGCCUAUAUGUCGGAGAAUGUAACACAAACACAGGUUUACGACUUUCCUUCUUUAUUUGAUAUAGCAAUAAGUUUAUGAAAGGAAAUUUUUCGAAAGAGCAAUAAAUUACAAUGACCAAGAUA